CCCAAGGCGCUGAAGCAGAGCCUGACCCUGAACCUGGCCGACCCGGCGGGCAGCCUGAAGCCGCAUCUGCGCGCCAAGAGCGCCGACCUGCUCACCUCACCGGACGUGGGGCUGCUCAAGCUAGCAUCGCCCGAGCUCGAGCGUCUGAUCAUCCAGUCCAGCAACGGGCACAUCACCACCACGCCGACGCCCACGCAGUUCCUGUGCCCCAAGAACGUUACGGACGAGCAGGAGGGCUUCGCCGAGGGCUUCGUGCGCGCGUUGGCCGAACUGCACAGCCAGAACACCCAGCUCCCCGUGCAGCACCCGCGGCUGCAGGCCCUGAAGGAGGAGCCGCAGACGGUGCCCGAGAUGCCCGGCGAGACGCCGCCGUUGUCCCCCAUCGACAUGGAGUCCCAGGAGCGCAUCAAGGCUGAGAGGAAGCGCAUGAGGAACCGCAUCGCCGCCUCCAAGUGCAGGAAGAGGAAGCUGGAGAGGAUCGCCCGGCUGGAGGAAAAAGUGAAAACCUUGAAAGCGCAGAACUCGGAGCUGGCGUCCACGGCCAACAUGCUCAGGGAGCAGGUGGCGCAGCUUAAACAGAAAGUCAUGAACCACGUAAACAGUGGGUGCCAGCUCAUGCUAACGCAGCAAUUGCAGACGUUUUGAGGAGAGACUAUGGAGGGUGAGAGCAGCGUUGAAACAAAGUAACACGGACUGACUUGAGAACUUGACAGCUUGUGACAGAGAAAGAAGUGUCCCAGGACUGAAGCCGAGGGUGUCCAAGUUGGACUAGGUUGCGUCCUGACGGCGCCCCCAGCGGGCACAAGUGGGAAGGACUUGGCGCGCUUGCCUUGGCAUGGAGCCCUAGAGCAGCCGCCUGCGGGCUGCUCCCACUGCGGACGGGCUGUCCCCGCGCGAACUGGGCGAUGGACUUUUUUUUUUUUUUUUAACAUUGACC